CAGGUAGUGACCGCUCUGCACGAAACAAAUGGUAGUGGGCUUCUCACCGAUCGCCACGUGAGAGAAGAACCCGUAAAACUGCUGGUGGGCGGAGCGCUUGGACUUGAGGGAGGAGAGGACGGAGUAAGGCAGCGGCGGCGGCAAUGGCGGCGGAGGGGUUUCUGGAGGUCGAGAACCUGGAAGCCAUCAUCACAAGGAUCGAGCAGAAGUCCCGCAAGAUCGAGAGCUUGCUCAAACAAUCGAAGCCCGUGGAGGCUCUGAAGACGGCACUCGAGGGAUCCCCUCUCAAGACCAGAGAUGAGAGGUGCAAGUCGGCGAAUUGGAUAGUGGUGCAUCGAGCGAUAAUGGCCAUAAAGGAUGUAGAUGGCAUGCUCGCUUCUUUGGAUCCCGAGUACUACGAUAUUCUGAUGAAGUAUUUGUAUAGGGGCUUGGCAACUGGAGACCGGCCAACUUGUGACCAAUGCCUGAGGAUUCAUGAAAAGCUUACAGAGCGAGCAGGGUUGGGCUGCAUACUGCGCUCCCUCGCUGACACUGUAAAUACUGUGUAAGCUUCGUUGCCUGUCGGUGUAGUAUUAUUUUUCUCUAUAUGUAUUCACAGGCCUGUUUGUGUCAUACAAUUUCAGAACUUUUUGCGAUUUGAGAUCAUUAAAUAACAUUUGUACUGGAGUUCUAUAUGGGGAAAAAUGUGCAAGUUCAGAAUUGCAUCUCAUUGGAUUAACUGCAGUAAA